AUGAGGGCAGGGGGCGGCAAGGCCUACGGCGAGGAGAAGUGCCUGAAGCUGAGCUCCCAGGAAGCUCUCACCAAUGCGGACACCUACAUGCUGGCGGUGAGGAGCCUGUCCCAAGCGCAAGAUGCCAGCUGGACGGAUGAAGCUUCCCGCCUGGCGCGCAUCGAGGAGUUGAAGAAGCAGAUCUUUGAGUUGGUUGGCCUGGGUCAGGUCAAGGCUUCUAUGAGGCAACUCCUGGACUUGGUGGAGUUCGGAAAGAUGCGGGAGAAGCGUGGGCUUCAGGGCUUCUCUGCGCAGAGCGCUUUGGCGUUGGGGCGGGGGAGGGGCAGCCGCCGAAUGGCAGAGACGGAGCUGCGGCUGUGGAUUUGUGGUCUCAGCGGGGAGGACGAGUCACAAGUCACCAGCCCGGACGGCUUUCGGCUGUCUGUGCCCAGCUGCGCCUUGGGCCUGGACGUGGCGCAGGCGGUCCAAACGCACCUUGGGCCGAGGCCCGGGGGUGUGCUGCGCCUCGUGCACGGAGGAUUCCAACUGGAGCUUGAGAGCAGCUUGUGCCAGCAGGAUGUGCAGGACGAGUCCACGAUCCAGUGCAUCUAUGUGCCCACCAAGUUGCUGAGUGCAUACGAGACUUUGAAUUCGAGGUCUGAAGAUGUGGAUUUGCUGGAGGGCAUCAUCGAGAUUUGCGCAGACUUUGUCCCGAAGAAUCUGCACAGCGGCCUGCUGAGUUUAAGUUUGGGCGAUAGUGUGCCGGGCUUCGCCGGCUUGGCGCUACCGGAGAAGUUGCAGCACUUGACCCUGGGCCACGCCUUCAAUGAGAGCCUGGAAGGAGUCACCCUGCCCUGCGGGCUCCAAAGCCUCACCUUCGGAUAUGCCUGGGACAAGGAGUUGCAGAAGGUGACUUUUCCCGAAGGCCUGCAGAUCUUGAGCUUCGGCUCCAGCUUCAACCGACGCCUGCAGGGCGUGAAGUUUCCUGCAGCCUUGCGCGACCUCAGCUUCGGCCUAAGCUUCGACCAGAACAUGGAAGGUGUUGCCCUCCCGGACAGCUUGCAGAGCCUUACCUUCGGCUUUCACUUCAACCGCAGCCUGCAGAACCUGGUCUUGCCCUGCCUGCAGGUGUUGGUCUUCGGGCGCAGCUUUAACCAGCCUUUGGAGAACCUGCCGGUCAGCUUGCAAAGCUUGGCGUUUGGCGAGAAGUUCGACCAGAGCUUGGUAUCUGUUGGGCUCCGAAGCUUGCAAAGCCUCAGCCUCGGCAGAAGCUUCAGGCAAGGCUUGCAAGGUGUCGAGCUGAAUCGCCUGCAGAGUCUUACCCUGGCAUGCAGCUGGAAGCUGAACCUCACUGGUGUGACGCUGCCCGCGCUGCGGGCUCUUGCUUUCGGGCCCAAGUUCAACGAGUCGCUGGACGCCCUGCCCAGGACCCUGCAACAUCUGAGCUUCGGGGACGAGUUCAACCAGAGCUUGCGAGGCGUGACGUUGCCCCCGUUGCGCAGCUUGUCCUUCGGCAGAAACUUCUCGCAGAGCUUAUGCGAGCUGCCGGACUUACAAGUCCUUGCUCUAGGAUCCUGCAAGCCUGUCGCGUUUCCCCGUGGCCUCAAGAAGCUGACCUUCGGCGACAAGUUCGACGGGAGCUUGCAGGGCAUGGAGCUUCCCGUGGGCCUCUCGCACUUGACCUUCGGUGACGCCUUCAAUCAGAGCCUGGAAGGAGUGAUGCUGCCACGCCUGCAGAGCUUGACUUUUGGAUCCAGCUUCAAUCAGCCCUUGCAAGGAGUGAGGUUUCCGGAGACCCUGCAGAGCCUGACCUUCGGCCUCAGCUAUGACCAGGCCAUGGAAGGUGUCACUCUGCCGCCAAGCCUUCAGAGCCUCACGUUCGGCUUUCGUUUCAACCGCAGCAUCCAGAACUUUCGGGUGCCUAUGCACCUGAAGAGUCUUACCUUCGGCUGGAGCUUUGACGAAAGCUUGGGCACUCUCCCAGAGAGUCUGCAGAGACUGCACCUCGGUGGAGGCUAUCGACAGCGCACGGAGAUUCUGACGCUCCCAGCCGGGCUGAAGAGUUUGACGCUCGACCGGCCAUUUGAUCAGCAGCUUGGUGACUUACUUCGCAGCAAGCUGACCAGCUUGGUGAGGUUGGCAUUCAAGGAUUUGGCUGUCAGUUGUACAGAAUAG